AUGAUCGAAGUUCUUGUGAUCUUACAGCAAUAUUACAAUGACAAAGCGAAACCAAAUCCUUUUGUCUGGGACAUGGUUGAAUCAAUGAUGGCAGCUCCAGCGGCAGCUGUUGGAUAUGGAGAACAGGGCUUAGCAGUCCUUUAUGCUCUGAGAGACUAUCCUGUGGUAAACAUGACUGGUGUUGUGAUUGGAUCUCAACUGCCCUGGGUAGAAGUACAGGCGCUACACAGUGGUGCUAGAAAGGUACUCACUGUUGACUACCAAAAAAUAAACGUUAUUGGCUCGAAAAAAAUAGAAUAUAUCCACCCUAUUGAAUUUGCAAAUGAUUGGCGCAACAGCGUGGGAAAGUACGAUUUUGCGAUUUCCUUUUCCUCCAUAGAGCAUAGCGGCUUGGGAAGGUACGGUGACCCCAUUGAUCCAGUUGGCGAUUUGCGGGAGGCACAGAAGAUACUGUGCCUGCUAAAGCGAGGAGGUGUAGCUUUUAUCGUAAUAAAAUUCUGUUUCACCUCAUACCAAAAAGGUCUGCAGUUCUCAAUUGUAUCCAAACAUGUGCGUAACGCCAUCUUUGGAGGCAUUUUUUAUCUUGGUAUUCCUGUUGGCAGAGAUUCCAUUUUCUAUAACGCACAUCGUUUGUACGGCCGAAUGCGGUUGGCUAUGAUAAUGACAGGUUUUGAAUGGUUGGCCACGUACAGAGGAAGCAAUCCACAUUCACAGCGCAGAACUGAAAAUGAUUACAAGGAAUAUACAGACAAAUAUAUAGAUCUGUACGUUAUGAAAAGAAUUUAA